UGCUCUGCAUUGCAAAUAUAUUUUCUAGAGCAUCGUACAAAUUAUCAUUCGCGAAGCGACGCUGUAGUUACAAGCGUUGGAUCAAAGGAGCACGUCACUUUGUCAAAGAAGUACCGAACUCAAUCAGUCCAGUUGAAGAAAAUGGCCAAGUUUAGCGAGAGGGAAAAGAAACAUUUCCGUGAGGCCUUUGAACUCUUUGAUCACGAUGGCAGCGGUUUCAUCACCACUGACGAGAUUGGAGUUGUCAUGAGGAGACUGGGACAGAAUCCGUCCCCAUCGGAAUUGGAAGACUUGAUCAGGGAUGUGGAUGCCGAUAACAGUGGCCACAUUGACUUCAACGAGUUUCUAGUCAUGAUGUCUCAGACAAAAGAGAAAGGUCAGCAGGCGGAAUUGCGCCAGGCCUUCAGGCUCUUUGAUGCAGACGAUGAUGGUUUCAUCACGUUCGAGGAUCUGAAGAGAGUUAUGCGUGUCACUGGAGAAAGUUUGUCGGAAAAAGAAUUGAAAGACAUGUUCACAAAGGCAGAUAUUAACAAGGAUAGCCUUGUUGAUAUGAAAGAGUUCACCAGGAUUGUGAGCAACGACUAAAUGGACUUCUGUGCCAUAAAUUUGAAUAAGCCAAUGAAUGAUUUGCAGUUUUUGUCUUGCCAAACUGCCGAGUUCAAAUAUUGCUAAGGUUUAACAUUCGUUUGAAUGCAUACGCACCUUUUGUUUUGUAAUCAAUCA